AUGGCUACUAUUUCGUCAGAAUAUUCAUCAGAAGUCCAUUAUACUCCAAUUCAACAUCAAUUUAACCCUUACUCCGAUAAUGGUGGUACAAUUUUAGGUAUAGCUGGUGAAGAUUUCGCCGUAUUGGCAGGUGAUACUAGAAACAUUACCGAUUAUUCUAUUAAUUCGCGUUUUGAACCCAAAGUAUUUGACUGUGGGGACAAUAUUGUUAUUUCUGCUAAUGGGUUUGCUGCUGAUGGGGAAGCUCUUGUACAAAGGUUCAAAAACUCCAUCAAAUGGUACCAUUUUGAUCAUAAUGAUAAAAAAUUAACGAUGAAAUCUGCAGCUAGAAAUAUUCAACACUUAUUAUACGGUAAAAGAUUCUUCCCUUAUUAUGUUCAUACCAUCAUUGCUGGCUUAGAUGAAGAGGGGAAAGGUGCUGUAUACUCAUUUGACCCUGUUGGGUCUUACGAAAGGGAACAAUGCAGAGCUGGGGGUGCCGCUGCUUCUUUAAUUAUGCCAUUUUUAGAUAACCAAGUCAAUUUUAAAAAUCAAUAUGUUCCAGAAUCUAAUGGUAAAGUUAAAAGACCUUUAAAAUAUCUAACUAUUGAUGAAUGUAUUAAGUUAGUUAGAGAUGCAUUUACUUCCGCAACUGAAAGACAUAUUCAAGUUGGUGAUGGCUUAGAAAUACUGAUUGUCACUAAAGAUGGUGUAAGGAAAGAAUACUUUGAUUUAAAGAGAGAUUAA